CUUUUAAUUAAUGAACUAUUCUAAAAGUUCUAAACAAUUAAGGAUCAGGUGUAAAUCCACUACAAAUACAUCCUUAGUAUUUCAUCAUUUUCUAGAACCGACAAGUUCUAUCAAUGAAACUGCAGUCAAUGUUAACGGUGAUUCUGAACAAAAAACGAAAGCUAAAAAGAAAUUGUCUUCUACCAAGAAUUUGACGAGUGAUGCCAUACUUUCAUGUCCAGCAUGCCUCACAACACUUUGCAUUGACUGUCAGAGGUAAGAGGGUACAUGUACAAGUUGAACAUUGUUCCUAAAGCAUUGCUUUUGCUAGCCAAGUUUCCAGAAGGUCGCCAAACCAGGAAAUACAAGUCAAGGAGAGCUUCGACGUUUCGAGCGAAUCUACUACUAAUUCCCAACGAAGGGCCUUCGAUCGAAACGUCGAAGUUUCCCUUGUAUUUUUACGCAGUUGAAUCCCUGCCCAUCAGUCAAUCAAUCAAUCAAAAACUUUAUUUAAGGCCGGUAAAAUCUACAGUAGCUAUAUAGUACAAAAAUAACAUUUUGAAAUAAGAAUUAGCUCACACUGAAAUAAGGUUUACAAGAGGGCAAUUUACACUUUUACAAAUAUUAAGACACUACAACAUGCUACUGAUUUACAAGAUUGCCGUGCGGGAGUCUGACACUCGUAUAUAUGGAAAAUAGGUUGUCAAUUUCUUUUUUGAAUUGACUAAGAGAGCAUAUUGCUCGUACAUUUCGAAGUAACUCAUUCCACAACACUGCCCCGUUGUAACUAAAACUUCGUUUACCAUAGUUCGUUCGUGGUUUUGGCACAAAUAAAGUGUUUUCAGAGUUUCUCAAAUUGUAUCCUGUGUUAGUGAUGAUCCUCCCUGCCUACAGUCCUCUGGAGAUUUUGGCACUACCUACGUUAAGCUUCGGAUACACAAGCAAUAUUUUUGCUGCGAUGGUUUACGCAAUGGGUGAUGACAGCAUUGCGUUGCCGUCGCACAAGGUGGCUACACCUGCAAUAUUUCACCUGCAAUAUAUGUCUUCAUAACGCUUUUCAUUGGCUGGUCAAGAAACGUGUCACUCAUCAACCUUGACCUUCCUUGACUACACCUCCCAAUUUUCGGCAAUCAUUGCCGAAAAUCAAAUGAUUUGAAAUUUCGGCAACGAUUGCGCGCAGCUUUGCGUUGGCGUCGCAGAGCAUGAUACACAAGCAAUUUCUUUCUCACAACGGCAAUGCAACGAUUUUACCACCAUUGCAUUGCCAUCGCCAGAAAAGUAUUGCCCGUGUAUCCGUAGCAUUAGCACAUAUCAUUCGAAUGAUUGUUUCCAGCCAUAAACCGGAGGAAACAUUGUUUUUUAGCAAUGCUUUCCAAAAGCGAGCAAACACUAUUUCCUAGCCAUGUUUUCUGAAGGUGGGCAAACCAAGGAACACUGUUUCCUAAUCCUAGGUAUGUUUCCUGAAGAUGAAGAUGGAAAACCAAAACAUUGUCUUCUAGCCGUGUUUCUCGAACGUGGACAAAGCAAGAAAACAGUAUUUCUUGACCAUGUUUCCAGAAAGUGGGCAAACCAGUAAACACGGUUUCCAAGCCAUGUUAUACCCGAAGAUGAAAAACCAGAACACUGUUUCCUAGCGAUGUUUGCCGAAAGUAUGCAAACCUAGAAAAAAUGUUUCCUGGCCAUAUUUCCUGAAGGUGGGCAAACCAGGGAACAUUGUUUCCCAGCCAUAUUUUCCGAAGGUGUACAAACCUGGAAACAUUGUUUCCUAGCUAUGUUUCCCGAAGGUGGACAAACUUGGAAAUAUUGUUUCCACAUCAAUUGAUAAAUCAAUUUGUUUUCGUUUAGGCACGAUAUAUACAAACAACAGUUUCGGGCAAUGUUUGUAAUGAACUGUAAAGUAAUAGCUGACGAAACAUUGCGUUACGAAGCUAAGAAACAGAAGAAAAAAUCAUCGAAGAAAAAUAAAGAACUACUACCUGACGUUUCGUUGGAACAACAAGAACUCUACAAUCCUGUUCAGUGUACUUCAUGUAAUACUGAAGUUGCGGUCUUCGACAAGGACGAAGUUUAUCAUUUCUUUAAUGUUGUUGAAAGUUUACCAUAAAUAAUAUGGCCAAUAAAUUAGUGAAGCGAUUUUGUAAAUAACUACAGCCGGAAAGUACAGGAUAGCUUUAUUUCACUUUAGAUAAUACUUGUUUACAAAACAAACAUAAAACUUAGUAUAAUUAUAUUGUAUAUAAUACUGAUCUUGGCAAGGGAAAUCGUAUGUGUAGUUAUGCCGCAAAGGCGAGCAGCUUUUCUUGAAAAAAUGAAUUUGCUCAUAUGUACUAAUGUACCACAAAAAUUGACAAGAUUAUAUUUCUUUCACAAGUUGGUCAUGUUGUAGCUGAUCAGGAAUCUUCUGAAACCUUUCAAAUUUAUAAAGAAAACGCAGCAUUUCACAGCUGUUUUGACGAACAAAACUCACUGUUCCUAAAAGUUGCGAGUAUUUGGCAAAUCUAUACUGUAGUAAAA